GGCUGCGCCAGCACAGUUGGCCUCCCCGGGCCUCUCGCACUUCGUCAGGCGAUGCCUGGGAGCGCCCUCCUGGCUGCCGAGAGGGUUGCUGUCGCUGCCGGGCACCUCGGUGCCCAGCGCGCUGCGGCGCUGUGCGCUGACCAUGGCCAGGAGGCGCAAGGGGCGCGCCGCCUGCUGCGACGCUUGGCCAGCCGUGAGGUUGACGGCGUCCUUCCUGGGGCUCGGCGGCGCCUACGUGUUGCUCGGGCAGCCGGCCCUGGCUGGCCUGGCAGGCCGGCUGGCGGCCCUGGGCGGCCAGGCCGAGGGCCGCGGGCCAGCUGUGGCUGCUGCACCUCCGGAGGGGGCCGCGGAGCCCGCAGAGCCGCCGGCUGCCGCGGGGCCGCGCGAGGAGGCUUGUUACAUCUUCACUCUCUUGGAGUACCAGAAAGGUCGAGAUGGCUUCUGACGUCGGCUGGCUGGAGGUUGUCAGCCCACUUGCUAGCUUCGUGUCUGCAGGGCACCCGAUCUUUCUCACGUACGUCUGUCUGUCUUGCUGCUGCUGCUGCUGCUGCUGCUGCUGCUGCUGCUGCUUUGGCUCCCUUUCUCGGCCAUCCGUGCGCUCUGUGCUGGGGGCUUCAGGGGCAGGCUGAACUUCGAGUCUUGGGUGAUGCACUCGUCCAGCAGAUGCGAGCUGAUUUUGGUCCACACGCAACGCUCCCGAGGCAGUACGUGCCGGACGUCCCCGACGAGUACUUCCGCCUUCCAGGCCAGGCGCCGAAGUCGGACGUGGUCCGCUAUGCCCUGAUCUACCACCAGGGCGGACUGUACAUGGAC